UCCUCUCUCCUCCGCUGCCUCCCCGCUCCUCUCCUCUCCUCUCCUCUCCUCCCAUCCUAGAGGACAGAGCGAUGCGGAGACAAUAGGACGCAGAGCCCGAACGAGGCUGCAGGAUGCUCCGCGCCACAUCUACCGUCUCACCGCUGCACGGAGGCUUCUCACGGCGCACCGAGAGCAGGCGAUUCUCCCGGCUCACCUGGCCUUAGUAUGCGCUCAGAUCAUCCCGUGUGUUUAUCAGCAGCUUGGGCUGACAGGGCGGACUCUACAGCCCCCAUAUGGGAACCAAUUGAAGGUGACACCAGGUGUUAGCUGCUCUUGUCCUGCCUGAGCAUCCGUUCCCCAGUUUUUUUCCUCACUGGUCGGUCCCCUGAAGCGGUCCCCAGCAUGAGUUCCUCUCCGCUGGUGUCUCGAGCCAACAUGGACAUCCUGGACGAGCUGCAGCUGAUUGCAGCCCAGAACCUGGAGAGGCUGGAGGUCAACAAGUACUACGAGGUGAUCAGGGAGUUGGGCAAGGGUACCUACGGCAAGGUGGACCUGGUCAUCCACAAGAUCAGAGGUACAAAAAUGGCCCUGAAGUUCCUGAAGAAGAAGACAACCAAGCUGAAGUCGUUCUUGCGGGAGUACAGCAUCUCCCUCUACCUGUCUCCCUGCCCUUUCAUCAUCAACAUGUUCGGCAUCGCCUUCGAGACAGACGAGUACUACGUGUUCGCGCAGGAGUACGCUCUGGCAGGAGACCUCUUUGAUAUCAUUCCUCCACAGGUCGGUCUUCCUGAGGCAGUGGCAAAGCGUUGUGUGCACCAAGUAGCCAUCGCUCUGGACUACCUGCACUGCAAGAAGCUGGUCCACAGGGACAUCAAGCCUGAAAACAUCCUAAUUUUUGACCGAGAGUGCCGCAAGGUCAAGCUGUCUGACUUCGGCAUGACCCGCAGAGCUGGCUCACCAGUGAAAAGAGUGAGUGGCACCAUCCCCUACACGGCCCCGGAGCUCUGCGACGUGUCCCGCCAUGAGGGUUUCUGCGUGGACUACAGCACUGACGUCUGGGCCUUCGGCGUGCUGCUCUUCUGCAUGCUGACUGGCAACUUCCCCUGGGAGAAGGCGUUGCCCUCCGACUCCUUCUACCAGGAGUUCAUCCGCUGGCAGAGGAGGAGGACGAACACGGUGCCUUCCCAGUGGAGGCGCUUCACCGAGCAGGCCCUCCGCAUGUUCCGCCGACUGCUCUCUGUGGAACAGGACCGCCGCUGCUCCGUCAAAGAGGUCUUCGGGUACUUCAGCCACUCCUGGAUGCUGGACGCGGAGAACAACAACAACAAUGGCAACAGCAAUGCCGGAGGUGGUGGGGAGAGGGUUGGCGGCGGCGGUGGAGGAGGAGCAGGAGGGGGAGGUGGAGGAGGGGUGCGGGGAGAGGUGAACGGCACUAUCUCAUCAUCCUCGUCCGGGGAAGAAGACGAAGAGCUCCUUGUGGAGAGGAUGAAGCAGCAGACUUUAUCUCCUCUCUCCCCGCUGUCACCCCUCUCUCCCAUGUCUCCGGUGGUGGUGGACAGGGGAAGCGGUGGUGGGGCAAAGGGCGGGAUGAUGGAACCAGGCGGUGGCCACCAUUUCGUGUCCGUCUCCACCAACAGCUCUGUGUCGUCCACCAACAGUUACGAUCGGAUGCCGCGAGAAAACAGUUCGCCCGGCGGCCGCAUGCUGGUGGCUACGCCCAUUGAAAUCUGCGUCUGAGUGCGUCAGAACGUUAAUGUUGUCACAGACUCACCGGUACACACUUUUAUACCUCUCAUCCAACCACGUAGACGUGCAUGCAUGGAAAAAGAAACAGACAAUGAGUACUAACACGUAUCCUGUCUUAGACAUCUUGGGAAAGGAAGAGCACACACGCAGAAGAGAAAGUCUUUGUCGAAUGCAUACAUUCCUCAUGAAGUAGGGUUUUUGGUCAAAGUGGAGUCAAAAGACUCCAAGAAAAGCCCCAUUUACACUUUGAUUUCAAUGACGCGUGCAAAUCCAGUUUUGUGAAGCCCAGAGGAAAAUGAAAAAUUGCUUCCAUUAGAGAUUCUGUCACUGAAACCAUCCGAAAAGAAGACCAAAAUGUAUUUCUUAAAGCAAUACUUCCAGCAAAAAAAGAGCAAAUAGAGACACAAAAGAAUGCUGUGUGAUCUCUUCAGGACGUGACCGAGUGUCAUUUUUGAAUGAAGCCAAGGGACAAAGGAUUUGUGUUUUUGAAGAAGACUAAAACAGUCCAAGGAAAUACCUUGUAAGAUAAAGACGAGCGAGCGGUGGUUUUAAAUGUUUCAUGUGUAACAAAAAUGUGAAAGUGAGAGUAUGUUUGUCGUGUGUAUCACUGUGUGUGUGUAUGAAUCCAAAAGAAGUGGAUUUAUUUUGCUUUGAGAAUUGUAUUUAUUUGAAUCUAAAAAGACUACACACUCUAUUUUUUCUAUUGUUUUUUUGUAAAGCAGCUUUCUCUGAUUUCCGUUCCACUUCAAUUUGUUGUAAUUUGAUGUUCUGGCAUAGCUGUGCCAAAUCCACUUCUCUGUGCAACAUAUUUGGUUGGCUGCUGUACAUAUUAGUAUGAAUAGUUGUAUUUUAAGUAUGAGGUUUUCAGACGGAAUAUUUUACCGUCCAUGACGUCAGACUUGACUGAGAGAAGGCUUAUGAUGUCUCUGUUCUUCAUGUCAAACAUAUCUACUUCACUACUGAAAGACUAUUUUCUACUCACUCUCGAAAUUCAGUUUGUAUAGCUUCUGUUUUCUUUGAAACCUUUUUCCGAAACAUUCUGUUUGUAUUGCGUAUGUUUUCUUCGAAACUUUUAGCAAAAUGUAUUAACUGGAAAGAAAAAAGAAAAAGGAUCACAUAGCAUUUUCAAUUCAAUCUGAAGGAAAAAAAUCACAGAAGAUGUUACAGAGUCACCUUUUAUAAACUGCAUGACAAACUCAAACUUACCUUUUACGAAAAAUUUGAACUGGCUUUACAGAAAAAAGGACAAAAAGAAACGUAAAAUGUUGUGAUGUGGAAUUUUUGCCGUAGCACAAUUUCUUGCAUUAUGUCCCAGAGUGAAUAUUGCCGUCAUGAUCUCCUGAGACAUUCUAGGGCUAAAAAAAUCAGAACAAUAAUUAGUUUCUACUCAGUGUGUUGUAUUUGUAUUGCUAUUAAUGUUGUGUACUUUUUACCACCUUCAGGAGCAGAAAAAAAGCAAAGCAUGAGGGCAUAGAGUGAGAGGCUUGAAUUUAAACCACAGGUAGGGAAUUACAUGAUGUAAUUUUAGAAGAGACUUUUGCUUCUAAAUUGCCACUUUUAGUGAAGUAGUGUGGCGUCGAUAUUUUUUUUCUACCAAGUUAAAAUUAACAAAAAAAAAAAGUAAUUUCUUUCUUUGACUCAAUCUGAAUAUUACCUAAAUAAUUUGAAGGAAAAAAAGCAUUGGAUCAUACACAGGAAUGGGCGUUUCGUGUGUUGCUUUCCAGACAUAAAUCUGCAUGAACUUGUAUGUGCUAAAGCUCUGUUGUGAAAACCCGCUCCGUGUUCCUCCUGUCACAAGCUGUAGUACUCUGUAGAUGUAGUAUAGCUGCAAACAACAUGUUUCUUUAUCUUGUGAGAGUCACUAGCCUCAGCUUGGAUAUGCCUGACUGAGGACCAGCUAAACUCAGUUCAGCCCUUACAUAAACCGUUUGGAUCAUGUUCAUCAAAACUGCUCCCGGAUCAGUGAGCCAGUAUGCAAAUUACUACAUCUUGUGACAAUCUCUGACCUCAUCGGCAGCCUUCUGACUCAGAACAAAGGACGGUCCUGAUACAGACACUGUAGCUGUGCUGUUUUCUGUAGCCGCUCGCUCUCCGUGAGCCAGCUGCAAGCAGCGCUGGCUCUGCAGCGUUUACUGUGUAAGCUCCGGCACAUCAGAUUCAACUGGUGAGGCCUUUCACAUGACCGUAUGAAGAGGAGAUUACAUGGGCCUGUACAUUACCUCAUCGUGUCAUUCUUUCUCUGCAGUAUUCUCCCUGAAACCACUCUUCUUCUCCUCCUCCUUAGCCUUUCCCUGUUUUUCUACAGUGUAUCAAACCUCCCUCUUAAAAAAGUAUUCAGUCCGAAGUCAAGUGACAAAUGUUGUACAUCUGGCAGUGGUGGAGCCAAGGGGUGCCCAGUACGGUGCCUAGUAAAUAAAUUAAUGAGAACUAGCAUGUAAUUAGUUCAGACUAUAUGGAAUGCUACCCAUAAUAAUAACAAUAAUAAUAAUAAUAAUAAUAAAAAAAUACGCUGCAGAAUUAACAUUCUGUUUAUUUGCCGUGCCCCCCGCUUUAGUGAGCUAAGCUAACGUUUGACUUUGGAUUGGUUGUACUAAUGCUAACGCAGGCAUUUUGAGAAGACAAUAAACAGCUUUACCUUUAUCUACAAGUUUUCCAACUGUUGUGUCCAAUCAUGAUUAUCCGUUGAGCACAGCUCGCUAGUUCCCUCCACAUGUAUCCUCCAUGUAUUUUGGAGUACAAGGAGUGCAGUUUUGAGUAGAAAGUGACAGCCCUAGUGGCCAAAAUAGAGACUAAAUUCUAGACACCCCAUUAGUUAUAAUAUAUGUUAUAUGUUAUAAGGAGUUCGGUCUAGACCUGCUCUAUUUGAAAAGUGUCCUGAGAUAACUUCUGUUAUGAAUUGGCGCUAUACAAAUAAAAUUGAAUUGAAUUGAAUUGAAUAGUCCAGACAGCAUCACUUUUCUGGUCAAGUCAACUUUUGGUAGCCAGCUGCAAGCAGCACUGGCAACAGGACGUUAAAGGUGCCCCGUUGAGUUUUAAUGCAAACAAUGUUGUGUUGAUGCACUGCUACAUUUCUUGGGGUCUUACUGCCACCAACUGUCAGCAAAAUAGCAUAAAAACCGAGGACAGUAAGAGUUGUUCCACUACUUCCACUACUACUUGUGUGUGUGUAUGUGCAAACCCAUUCGUAGAAACACUGCUUAUAGCGCUACUAGUGGUCAAAAACUCCACAGGUAACUUUAACUUUGCAGUAUUGUCUCUCAGUUAAAGUGCGGACAGCUGUUUGCACCUGCACUGCAUCAACGUGGUGUAGUAAAGUGUGUUCUGACAUUAGUACUUUUUAUACUUCUCCGUAUGAGGAGAUUCAUCAUUAUUCUGGCCCAUUUUAGACAAAAUGGUCAAAUUGUGGUCAUAAGCAAACAUCCUCUAACUUCCACUUAAUUGUUUAACAGCCUGUUAAAUAUGAUCUCUAAUGAUGUACUCUAAGCAUCUGGCUCAUUUAGCAGUGAAUGAAUUAAAAAGAAUUGACAUGGCACCGUGCCACGCAGAAAACAACUGACAGUGAAUAGUCAAGCACUCGUAUGCAAACUGUUUGGCUCCACCACUGCGUGAGAUAAUUCCACUUGUUGAUAUGCUGAUACAUCAGUUUCAGACGGUGGUUAGACGGACAGCAAGAAAUUGAAACUAAAGAAACAAGUUGACUUUCAGUAUAAUUUCAUCCUAGUGGAGGACACCAGAAUGUUAGAAUGGAUAUUUUAGUAUAGUUGAGUGUUAGGAUGAAACAUGAGUUGCUCCUGAUACAAUCAGGUCCAGUAUCCGCUGCAGCUGAGGACACCCGACCUGGGAGGAAGGAUGAGUCAUUAAGGGAUACGUCACCUUUCCCUUUUCUUCCUCACCACGCCUGAAUCGGUCGCUGCUGCCUCCUCACCUCAUCCAUAACGUAAUGUGUUGUAAUGGAGUUCCAGUGUCUUUACUGUGACAUAUUUCAAAGCAUCAUUAUUUUGGUGGAGUUUUAGUGAGUAGAUGAUCACAGCACUAGAACUCGUAUCCGGUUCUGUCUUUGCAAUACAACUGUCUUCCUGUAAGCUGAGAUUUAGUCAAUAAAAUGAGAAUUCUUGUUGGAGUGA